AUGCCCCUCAGCCAUACUGGGUUUACGGACAGCAUCAACAUGUUGAAUCUCGGCGAGUCAAUAGACCAUAGAGUUAUGGAGCCCACAACUGUUUCAGGCUCAUACAUCGAGCGCUUUCCCAUCGAGAUAAGGCAUCGAAUCUAUGACUUUAUACUCGCACUUAACAACAAAAGUGAGGUUAAGGAAAUGAUGGAUGAAUUUAUGGCCGCCAAAAACAAUGAGGACGCGCUCAUGGAAUAUGAGGACGAUCAGAUGGAAAAUGAGGACGAUCAGAUGGAUAGUGAGGACGAUCAGAUGGACAAUGAUGAUAGUAGCGCGAAAUCAUCAGAAGAAGAUGAGAGUGAUGGGGAAUCGGCCACAGAGGCCGAGAUUGAGGAAGCCAUCAACAUUUGGCGCAUUCGCACACAACGGAAGAAGCCCGGUGUGUUCAGAUUUACGCUGAAGAACAGCAGAGGAGACCUCAUGGACGGCGUCCAUUUGACAUAUGAAAGGGUCGCUAUCUCAUCCGAAACAAAUUUCUUCUCUCAACCUAUCAUGCUAGUGAGCAAGAAGAUAUCAAUAGAAAUUCUCACUUUAGUCGCACCGACUAGAAUGUUCUACGCGGUAGAUCCACGGGAGCUCGACCUUUUUGCUCAAAAGCUAAACGAUUACUACAAUGUCUUGGGCCCAACAGCACUCCAACUACAAACGCCGUUUCUUCCGCUAAGCUUUGAAGUAAACAUGGACCCAGGGCACAGAUUAUUAGACAACGAGUGGUCUACAUGUGUAGGGGCACACGGAUAUGGUCUAUUGUGGCACUUUGAACAGUGGUUCGUCGCCUUAGAGAAGUUGCGGUUGAAUGAACGGAUUCUGUUAACGUUCACCAAGAUAUGGAGGGACUUUCGUACAUUGCGGAGAUUAUCAAUCAAAUAUGAGCUAUCGACAAACAAGGCAGUCCUGUGUAGAUUUGACCCUCAAGAUACCCCAUAUGCCGAUUGGGAAUUCUGCUGUCGUCAAACGGAGGCCGCUGUUGCAAACACUACGCAUCCUAGCUCAUUCAAUCUAUCUCAAAAAGAAGUGUCGAGGCUGGAAGAACACGGCUGUCGCGGGUUCUUUAGGAGGCUAGGAAAACCAUAUCAUUGGGAGUUGUACGAUCGUUACGAUCACAUUACUUCCGAGACUUCAUACGACGACGGGAGUCGAUUUGAAAUUUUCACAUGUCAGGAAGCCAGCCAUGCGAGGAUCGAGGGGCUGGCGUUUCGGGCCAACUUGAACAUCACAGUUUUGGGCACCUCGCCGUCUUUUCUCUCAAUCUGCGCAACAAUCCGUGAGUUGUGGUCGUGCUUUUCGUCUCUAGCGUUCAUCUUGUGGCGGUCGAGCCAAGAGAGAAUUAAGGAUGCAGAUAGCGGGCCAGAAGAGUGGUCUGAAGAAGAAGGUGGGCUGUCUGAAGGGCACGAGGAUGACGAGGAGGGUUCUGUCAAAGCCGCGGGAGAGAAAGGGAAUAGCGUGAGCGAUAAGGAGGGUGAUGUGAAUAAUGGGGACGUAGGAGAGGAUGAAGCAGAGGAUGAGAUGGAUGACAGCUCGGUCCUUGCCGCGCCCGUCGACAAAGGCCACGGAGCUCGAAGCAGCCCAGAGACUUUUCUUUGA